AUGGGAGGCGAACGCGAGAGAACCAACUUCGUCCACGAUCUGAAAGUUCUCUACCACUAUCUCGAGAAAAUGGCAUCAAUACUCCUCCGUGGAGCUGAGAAUCGGCUGAGGGGCGACGAAGCCACUCGAAAAGAUCCCUUGCCGCUAGGCUCACCGAUCGAGAUAGACUACGACAUAAGGCUGGGUCCACGAUCUGACCUCGGCUGGUACAUGUUCUUCGGUAUUCCGAUGCGCCUCUUGCUCCUCGAGUCCGCGUCUUUCGUGUUCUCCGAGAAGCAUGAUGAGGCAGCCGAUGCUUACCUAGCGGAGACUGUGAGCAAAGGUGCCAUAGAGGGUGGAUUGAUAAACCAGCAUAUUCACUGA